UUAAUGUUUUUUCUACACACAACUUUCAGGAAAAUUCAUUUUUGUGUGUUUUUAUUUAAGGCGACAGUUGCUUCUUUUAGUUUUGUGGUCUUUCUACUUAAGCUUUCUUUUUUAUUUUCCUCUAUAUUUUGCCAAUUCCCGCCGGCGGGCACUAAUUCUUUUGACAUUUGGCGUUAACCCCUUCCUCCAACCCCCACCUCCUUUUUACAUAUCCCCAUCCCCUUCCAACUCUUAUCUUUGCUUAAAAAAGAAAUUCGAUUGAAAAAGAAAUUUUUAAAGAAAAAAAUUUAAAAAAAAUGAUUGAGGGGAAGAAGAGUUUGUUUAGGGUUAAAGAAGUACUUGUCAUCACCUAAAUUAUUAUAAGCAGUUGACAAUUAUUUUUAUUAAACUCUUAAACAACCCUUUUUUAUUAUUUCAGGCUGUUAAUAAAUUUUAUUAUUGUAUUUAUUAAAAAUAAACUUUAAAUAAAUUUGAAAUGUUUUUACAAAUUAAAAAAAAAGUUUAUUUUUUAAAAAAUUACAAUUGUAAAACUUAUUUUUCGGUUAUUUUCUUUUCCGGUUAAAUUAUUAUAGUUAUUCCGGUUAUUUUAUAUAUUUAUUGCUUCCUGUUAUAUGUAUUCCUUUCCUGUUAUAUUCUUUUCCGGUUAUUUUCUUUUCCGGUUAUAUUAUUAUAAUUAUUCCGGUUAUUUUAUAUAUUCAUUUAUUCUUUUCCGGUUUUCUUCCGGUUAUUAAUUUUACAAAUUCAAAUUACAAUUGUAAAAAUUAUUUUC